UCCUCCACCUAUGGCCGAGCAUCCCUGUCCAACCCCUCCAUCCGCUGCCGAGCAUCCCUGGCCCCCAAUCCUCCACCUAUGGCCGAGCAUCCCUGUCCCAACUCCUCCAUCUACAGUCGAGCGUCCCUGUCCCCAAAUCCUCCAUCUAUGGACGAGCAUCCCUGUCCCCAAAUCCUCUACCCACUGCCGAGCAUCCCUGACCCAACCCCUCCACCUAUGGACAAGCAUCCCUGUCCAACCCCUCCAUCCGCUGCCGAGCAUUCCUGUCCCCAAAUCCUCCAUCUAUGGCCAAGCAUCCCUGUCCCAGCUCCUCUGCCCGCCACUGAGCAUCCCUGUCCCCAAAUCCUCCAUCUAUGGCCGAGCAUCCCUCUCCCAACUCCUCCAUCUACAGUCGAGCAUCCCUGUCCCCAAAUCCUCCAUCUAUGGACGAGCAUCCCUGUCCCCAAAUCCUCCAUCUGCUGCCGAGUAUCCCUCUCCCAACUCCUCUAACCGCUGCUGAGCAUCCCUGUCCCCAAUCCAUCCAUCCACCGCCGAGCAUCCCUGGUCCAACUCCUCCAUCCACCGCCGAGCAUCCCUGGUCCAACUCCUCCAUCUCACUGCGGAGCAUCCCUGUCCCAACUUCUCCAUCUACGGCCGAGCGUCCCUGUCCCAACUCCUCUACCCGCUGCCAAGCAUCCCUGUCCCAAUCCCUCCAUCUCACUGCCGAGCAUCCCUGUCCCAACCCCUGCCCUCAGAUUCCAGCAGGUUUCGGCCCCUCUCUUCCUCCCCUCCGGCUGUCCCGGUCUCCUCCAGCCCCACGGCUUGUCCCCUCUGCUGUGCUGAGGGUGGCCCAGGGUGUGCUGCCCCUGCUGCCGCCAUGCCACCAUGGCCCCGCGCAGCGAGCCACGGCCUGGAGCACCAGCCACCGUGUCCCAGCAGUGCCGCCAUCGUGGGCCCGCUGGGUGCCACCGUCCCAGUAGCCCUGUGCCCUCUCGCGGAGGCCGGGGCGGGGGGGCAGGACCAGAGGAGGGAUCUGCGGGAGCUUAAGCCCAUGGUCAAACCACACCUUUAAGCUCUUCCGAUCGUCCCGAGUGCCCCGACACCAAAAGCCUUUUGGGACCUGCGUGGGGCCAAGCCGGCACUUUCAUGGGGCGAUGCUCGGGCUGCUCCGUGGGUGGGUGGGGGGGGGAGUCCCAGGCAGCCUUUUCCCACCGCCCACCCUCAAUUCACCAGUGCCCACCCCGGGAUACCAGCCACCAGGCACCGGGAGGGGCGGGGGGGGGGUCCAUGGCCCCGUGAUCCCUGCUCCGGGUGCCCCAGGGUGCUGCUGGUGCCCCCUCGCCCGCGCUGCCCCCGCCGUGGGUCGGACUGGAUGGGAGCCCAUGGCAUGGCGAUGCUUAAUUAGCAGGUAGGGAGUGGAGCAGGGCGGCAUCGCUCACGCACAGCUUGGAGCCACUCAGUCAUCCCAAAGGCAUCCGCCCCACAGGGAGGAGCGCCCCGGCCCCAGCAUGUAAAAGCAGCCCCGCGCGGCCGACUGCCCCGUCGCCUCGGAGCCUCCUCCGCUCCCUCUCCUCCUCGCCACCCGGCACGGCUGCAGCGUCAUGGCAGGGCACGGCGCCAGCCUGCUCCUGCUCCUGGGUCUCCUGCCAGCUCUCCUCCUGGCCGUCAGGAUCAACAGCAAGGGCCGGGAGGUGCUGUACCUGGCCAAGGGCGACUCGGUGAAGCUGGGCUGCCCCUACGUCCUGGAACCCGAAGACAACGGUCCCCAAGGUUUGGGCAUCGAGUGGAUCCAGAUCACGCCCGAACGGACCGGCCCAGAGAAUGUGUUCCUGUCCUACCAUGACCACCACGUCAACUACGGCAGCGGCUCGGGGCUGCAGGACCGGGUGGCCUUCGUGCAGAACGACCCCAGCCAGUACGACGCCUCCAUCCGCCUGGCCGACCUGCAGGUCUCCGACACCGGUACCUACCAGUGCCGGGUGAAGAAAAACACCGUGGCCGUGCACGAGGUCAUCGUCACUGUGCAAGAGAAGCCGGCCACCCCGCAGUGCUGGACCGAGGGGGAGGUGAUAGAAGGGAGCAGCAUCCUCCUGCGGUGCUACAGCCGGGGGGGCACCUCCCCGCUGGCCUACCAGUGGGCCAAGUUGGCCGAUGGCUACGGCGGGGGACGCCUGCCCUCCGGCACCAUCCAAGGACGUGCUCCUGGCGACCUGUUGAUCCGUAGCCUGUCGGAGGUGCACACCGGCGUCUACCAGUGCCGCGUCACCAACCGCGUGGGCUACUCCGUCUGCCAGCUCAACCUCAGCCCUGCGCCAAGAGGAAGGCAAGCGGGCAUCAUCGUGGGCUCCAUCCUGGGCUCCCUCCUCCUCCUCAGCCUGCUCGGGCUCCUCAUCGGGGCGCUGAUCUGCCGCUACCGCCGGAAGGAGUGCCAGCGGGCCUGCAGCGACUGCAGGAGCAGCACGGGCGGCACCAUGACCCGCGCCUGCAACGUCUGCGCCCACCACAGCUACUCCCCCCACGGCAUCAGCUACAUGCAGUGCCAGCACGGCGACGGCGACGAGCGGGCGGCCGCCCUCAUGUGCAACGAAGGCAUCCGGCACCAGGUCGCCUGCCCGGCCCUGUAACCCCCCCCACCGCCUCCACCUCACCGCCCCCCCCUUCCCCGCCGCCCCACGACCCCCGGCCCCGCGCCCACCCGGAUUCGGCUCCGCGGGAGGGAAGGACGGCGCGGCCGGAGCCGGUGGCAUCGCCGGGAUUCAGCGC